ACUAAAUUAACCGUUACCAUAAAAGCAUAAAAAUAAGUUUGUUAUCUUUAUGUACAGCUGUGCUCCUCUCUCACUCCCUUUAUAAUCUUUGUCUAAAUCUGAGGCAGUUGUAACCAUUGGGAAAACUCCUCUCUCUCUCAUAAAGCCAUAAUGGUAAGAGGAUUAGGCUUCACUGCAGGACUCACGGUCCUUAUUGCUCUUGUUCUGUUAGCCCCUCCAACUUAUUGCAGUAAUCCUCCCUGUGCCCAUUCUUCUUCCUGUGGCAAUAUCCCCAACAUAAGCUUUCCGUUUCGAUUGACCAGCGACCCACAAAACUGCGGGGACUCAAAGUAUGAACUGUCGUGUGAUGCGAACAAUCGUACGGUGCUGUACUUAUUUGAAGGAAGAUACAAAUACUACGUGCAGGAAAUCAGUUACAGUAACUACACAAUCCGGAUCGUGGACUCGAGUAUACACAAGGACAAUUACUUCUCCACUCCGAGUAAUUCUUUACAUCGACACAAUUUCAAUUUUGACGAUCCAUAUUCUACGUAUCAGCUAAAGCAGACGGUAUCGGGGUGGUAUCACGAACUAUCACGGAGUUUGGUUUGGAUGAGCUGUGAAAAACCAGUGAAUUCUCCAUUGUAUUUGGACACUUCUACUUGCAAUUAUAAUGACAACUCUUCUUCUAUAUCUGAUUCCAAGAGGUAUAGAUAUGUUGCAGUUGGUAUAACCAGGAUAUCGGAAGUGGAGGACUCAUGCCAAGUAGAGAAGAUGUUUCUGACUUCGUGGCCAAUAAAUAAUAUCACCUGUACAGACGUCCACAAUGAAUUAGUAAAUGGUUUUGAGCUUUCAUGGUUCAAUCGUGGAGGUAAUUGUGAAAGUUAUUGCGGAAGAAACGACACUUAUUGCUACCUCGAUGAGGCGAACCAUCUUCAAUGCGAAAGAUUCGACGGCAUAAUCGCUGAUGGAUUGCUUGGCCGUAUCCGAUAUACACUCCAAGGUGAGAUUUUUGGUAUUCAAUUUGGGACAAUGCAGAAUGGUGGUAUAAAAUUAAAAAUACAAAUCAUUUAUUCACAGCCACAGAUGGAGGAAUAA